AUGGCGCUGAGCCUGGAGAAACUACCAGCAUUUGGGUUUGAAUUAACUGAGAAAAUGGAAUAUAUUAGUCAGAGCUUUUUGAUUGAAUUUGUUACAAAAACACUCACCGUGGUCGGUGACAAAGUUGAUAGCGCCAUGCACGUUCCAGCUCCAGAGGGGCACCCUUUCUCACAUGCGCUCGUUGUCAAAACAUCCGAUAUGGAUCCAGAGGAUCUCCAAGAGCUACUGGCUGAUGCCUGGGCCAGGACACAAGUUCCCGCCGGUGAUAAGGAAGGGUCUCUUCCAGAAGUCUACAUCAAUGUCUCGGAGGCAUUUCCAAAUGAAUAA